AUGUCAACCCCUCCCGCCAAGGCCGACGCCAUCAUCAUUGUCGGUGCCGGUAUCUUUGGGCUCAGCACGGCAAUCCAUCUCGCUCGCCGAGGGUACACAAAUGUCACUGUUUUUGACAAACAGCCGUACGAAAAGACUCUCUAUUCCUAUACCGAAGGCUGCGAUGCUGCGUCUGCCGACAUCAACAAGAUCAUCCGCUCCGCAUAUGGCGCUCAAACCGAGUACCAAGGCCUCAGCGCCGAAGCUCUCAAGGCUUGGGAUUCCUGGAACGCAGAGCUUAAAGCUGGCGGCUCGUCAGUGCCUCCAGGCAUGACGUCUAACGACGUCGUUUGGAUCAACAAUGGCUUCCUCUCGCUAUCUAACUCUACAACCCUCCCAGACUUUGAAAGAGCCACCGUGGACAACAUGGAAGCUGCCGGCCAGAAAGGAACACAGCUCAUCAACAAUGACGAGAAUCAUCUUCGGCUCGCGGCUGAGAAAGGCAGAACGUCGGCAAUGCAACCCUUCAGCAAGAAGGCACUUGGUGUGCUUGACACAACAGGCGGUAUUGCAGUGGCCGAUAAGGCCUGUCUAUUUGCUCUACACAAAGCCAAGUCUCUCGGCGUGCGCUUUAUUCUCGACCCAGCUGCCGGUCGCUUGAUAUCCACCAUCCAAGAUGCCAAUGGCAAAGUGACUGGUAUCCGUACAGGAGACGGUAAAUCCCACUCAUCAAUCAUCACAAUCAUCGCAGCUGGCGGCUGGACACCAACCCUCGUGCCAUCCCUCGACAACCUCGCCGAAACAACCGCAGGCUCCGUCAUAAUCCUCAAGAUCCCCGAGUCCUCACCUCUCCGUGAACGAUUCUCACCUUCGCGCUUCCCAUCGUUUUCGUUCAACAUGCGAGAAGGUGCCGAAGGCGGAAUCUACGGGUUCCCUGUGGAUGAGCAUGGUCACCUCAAGAUCGGCUAUCGCGGCACCAAGUACACAAACCCAAAAGUACAAGCAGAUGGCCGAGAGCGCAGUGAGCCUGUCACAAGAUGGACCGAGAAAGAACAAAUCACCAAGAUCCCAGAACAGGCCCUGCGUGUCUUGCGCAAGUUCCUGGCCGAGUACCUCCCCGAGCUGGAAGCUGAAGGCAUCGAUAUCUGGCUGACAAGACUGUGCUGGUACAAUGACUCCUUCGACAACCACUAUGUGAUCGACCGCGUGCCUGGCCAAGAGAGUCUAGUAGUUGCAACUGCUGGAAGUGGGCACGCCUUUAAAUACCUGCCAAACAUCGGAAACUGGGCGUGGCGAUGGAGGGAGAAGCAACCUGGACAGGAAGUCGUGAAUAGCCUCAUGGAGGGUUCAAAAGGAGAGAGGGCUCUAGGAAAUAUUCCUCUCGUCUCAGCUGAUGUAUCGAGUUCUCAGUCAUGA